GGCGACGGCAGCGACCGGCCGGCACACUGGUGUGCUGCGGUGCGCGCGUGUGUUUUAUACAGUGUCCGCCGACCGUCGGACGUCUUACACGCGUUCGCAUACGAUAUCUGCCGGGUGUGUUCCCCCCCGACGACGCGGGCGAAGUACACAAUAAAUAAUAACAAUAUUUUAUAUUAUUGUUGCUCCGUUUUUUUUUUCUACGGACGGACCGCGAAUAAUUUUUGUUUCACCGAUCGUAAUUUUUUUAAAUCAUUUAAAAAAUAUAUAUAUUCAAAUAUAUUUCAUAUUAUGUUUACCGGCGAAAGUUAUACAAUCACAAUAUAGUAGUAUUACCGCCAAUACUACUUAUUACUACUAGUACAUUACUACUGCGACUACUACUACUACAACAGCUGCUACUACGACACCUACUACUACUACUACUACUACUACAACCACCACCACUACUAGUACUACUUCUGCACUACUAUUAAUAUCAUAAUAUACUGAUAGUAAAAUAACCGCGGCAAAAGUGUACCGAGGUAGUUUGUUGGACGCGACUCGCGUGUAAUAAUAUAUUCUAGUCGUAUACGGCAACAUUAAAUUGUUGUUGCAUUAGACGACCGCGACACCGGUGACUGGGAGAAAAAAAUCGUCGCCGGUGGCGACAACGGCGGCAGCGGUGGCGACGACGACCACGGCGGCGGCGGCGGCAGCGGCGUCGGUGGCGAUGUCGCGAUCACUGUCCGCGACAGACGACCCGUUUACCACCCAGCACAUUAGCUGGACGAUUAGCUGGUACACCGUAUAGAAGUGUACGCGACAACAACAACAACAACAACAACAACAACAACAAUAAUAAAAAUAUUCAGUGAAAAAACAGCGUCAAGCGUGCACCACCACCAGACGACGACGACGACGACGACGACGGCGGCGGCGAUACAUUACGGUACAGACAACCGCGACCACAAGCAGCAACUGCAACCGAAUCCGCGACUGCGGCGACAAUCGUCUGCAGCCUGGCCGUAUAGUCAUGAUGCCGGUGCAAUUAUCGGCCGCCCGAUGAGUUGUUAUUGGCCGCCAGUCGCGUGUGUAACGACGUCGCCGCCGACCUGAGCGUUUGUGGGAAGUAUGUGGAAGACACGUAACCGAUACAAUUGGUCGUGGUCUAUACGUAUUGUCGUUGUUGUAGCCGCCGCAGCCGUAACGCUCGCGAUGUCCGCCGCCGAACCACGCGAAUCCGCCGUCUCCUCGUCCUCUUCUCUGCGUUCUGCUUCCUCUUUGUCGUCACCACCGUCGUCGUCGUCAUCCUCAUCCUCCUCCUCGUCUUCGGCCGCCGCUACCAGUGCGGUAACCAUGGUCACGUCACAACUGGAAAGAGCGCCGUUCGGCCGCGACGGCACCGAACAGCAGACCAACACUCCAGGUACAUCAGGUGGCAGACGACAGCAUUGUCCGUGGUGCAAAAGAGCGUCUGGCGCGCUCCCCUUACCGGCGUCCUCGUCGUCCUCGUCGUCCUCGUCUUCAUCGUCGUCCUCGUCUUCAUCAUCGUCAUCGUCAUCUUCGUCCUCGUCGGCGGCGACUUCCGGUAUCAACCGACACCACCAUCGGCGGAAGCACCGUCCGCGAGGCCGACGGCAUUACGACAGCGCCACCAGGUCUAGCCUGGACAAACAGCGGAUAGAGGCGAUCAAAGAACAGAUACUGUCCAAGCUAGGAAUGACCUCAAAACCGAAUAUCACUAAGGCGCGGUCAACGAGGUUCCUGGUGGAAGCGCUGGCCGUCGAACCGCUGUCCGGGCUGACUGCCGCCGACCCGGACGCUGCCGCCGCAGCCGGUAAUACACUGCCACCGAGUACACGGUUACCGACCACCAGAGACGCCGAUUCGGAGCCCGACGAUUUUUACGGCCGCACCAGAGAGAUCAUCGGAUUUGCGGAACCAGGAUCAACGUUAAACGGACAAACGUUAUUAGAAUUCCCGUGGUCACAGGAUAUGGGAAGCACUGAUUCUGUGAAAGUCAAGUCUGCGAAGCUGUGGUUUAGGUUAGAAUACAGGCCGGACGUACCCCCGGCCGCGCGUAGGACCCAUCACAGUCACAAUGUAACUCUGUGGCUGUUCAAAAUAAACUUCCGCACGAACCCAAUGCGGAAUACCACGUUCCUAAGUGGUAAGGAAUUCGACGAGCACGCCACGCUGGCGUCGUCACUGUCACUGUCGCUGAACAACCUGGGCUGGAUAUCAGUGGACGUGACGAACACGGUGCGCGAGUGGUACGGGUCCAGCGGCAAACACCGGUUGAGGUUCCACAUCGACUGUUCCGGGUGCGGGGGCCUGGUAUCGCCGGUGCUGUUCCACGACACCAGGCAGGCCAACGAGUGGGAAAACCCGUUCCUGAUGGUGUACACGGACCCGACGGUGGCGAGGCGCGUGCGCCGCCGGGCGCUGGACUGUUCGCUGGCGCAGCGCGGCCAGUGCUGCAAGCAGCGAUUCUACAUCAAGUUCCAGGACAUCGGCUGGGACUCGUGGAUAAUCGCGCCCGGCGGCUACUACGCAAACUAUUGCCGCGGCGACUGCGGCGGUGUGCACAGGACACCGGACACGUACCUCAACUUUUACACGCAGGCCAUCGAGGACUACCGGAAGGCCAAACACUCGUCCAUAUUCCAGCCGUGCUGCGCACCCGUCAAGUUCUCGUCAAUGUCGCUCAUCUACUUCACCGACGACGGUAACAUCAUCAAGCGAGACCUGCCCAAAAUGGUCAUCGACGAGUGCGGUUGUCCCUAAUGACGACCAGACGAGAGUGGACGAGUACGCGCGCGCGCGCGCGCAAUUAUUAUUAUUAUUAUUAUUAUUGACGAUAUAAUAUUAUUAUUAUGACUAUUAUCAUAUUUAUUUUUGAAUCGCGUACGCACCGCGUUUACCGUGAACAUGUAUCAUUAUUAUUAUUAUUAUUAUAUACUUGAAAAGUGUAAUGCGAUUACGUCGCAUAUUGUCACUCCGAUGUGUGACGAAUACGCGGGACAACGUGCAUGGCGUAUAUAUAUUAUAUUAUAAUAUUAUGUCCCUCGCUCGACGUUCUUUUCUAUUGUUCUUCUCCUUUUUCUUGUUCUUCUUCUUGUUCUUC